GCGGCAAACGGUCACACUGAAUCACCACCUAAGGCAGCCGGCGACUCCGGCCGAUUUACGUAAAACUUGAAAAGUCAACUCUAAUUUUUGGUAAACUUAAGACCAGAAACCAAAUGUCCCGCGCACUCCAACGUCUGGUGGGCAGCUGUCGGCGCCUUACGCUGCAGCAACAGCAAUUGAUCAAAGUUAAAAACUUUGCAGCAUCUGCCUCCGAUCCUGUCAAGGGUAAGGGUCCCAUAUCAUGGCGAAGUUUGGCUGUAAUUGGUGUUCUCGGAGCCGGCGGAUUGGGUUUCAUGUUAUACGUGAAGGCCGAAAAGGACGAGGCUUUGCUAAAGGAGCGUAAAAGGCAACUAGGCAAAGCAGCAAUAGGAGGACGCUGGGAAUUGGUAGACUCACAAGGGCAAGUACGCAAAUCUGAGGAUUUUCUCGGCAAGUGGCUGCUUAUAUAUUUUGGAUUCACUCAUUGUCCGGAUAUUUGCCCGGAUGAGUUGGAGAAAAUGGCUGCAGUAGUUGAUGAAGUGGAAAAGUCCCCUCAGACGCCAGAUGUGCAGCCUAUAUUCAUCACUGUUGAUCCAGAAAGAGAUUCUAAGGAAAUUGUGGGAAAAUAUGUUAAGGAAUUUUCCCCAAAGCUUUUGGGAUUGACUGGCACUGUCGAUCAAAUUCGUAAUGUGUGCAAGGCUUUUAGAGUGUACUUUAGUGCUGGUCCGCGGGAUGAGGACAACGAUUAUAUAGUAGAUCACACCAUCAUUAUGUAUUUGGUUAAUCCCGAAGGUGAAUUUGUUGAUUAUUAUGGACAGAAUCGGGACAAAGACCAGUGUGUGGCCUCCAUAUUGGUGAACAUAGCCAAAUGGAAUUCCUUGAACAAAAAGGGUUGGUUCAGUUAGAGAGAGAUUAAAUGUUGAAUUUGUUAUAUUUUUCUUUUUUUAAAAUAACAAAAAAAAUUAAAUGUUCAUGAAAAUUAAACUUUGCGUAACAUUGGCAA